CCUGACUUUGUACUCUAAGAGAUCUUAAAAGGAUCCAAACUUAAUUUCACACUGAUCUCAAGUGACAUGAUAAAUUCCUGAGUUUUGGAUUAUAGGCUCGCCAAGUUGGGCAGGCAACUCUUGAGUUUCCCUCGUGCUUUAAAAUGUCCUGACGCUAACUUAGUACAGUAUUUAGUACUUUGAUGCUUUAGUACUAGGAGAAAGCAGUUCUCCGGGAUUCAGCAACCCGAUCUAAAACUCCAGCAGGGCAGAAUGAAUUUAUUCUUAACUCUACUGGUAAUUUGCCCAUACGCUGAAAUCUGAGGGUUGAUGUUGUAAUUGAAUCUUGGGUCACUAGCUGCAGUUGGUUUAUAAAUAUCUACGCCUAAUGUAACUACUCUUUAGUAGCAGACUUCCUGUAGCCCUGAGUUCAGAAUUAAGUAAACAUUUGCGUAUGUAAUCUUCAUGCUUUCUACGAGUUUAGAUCAACUAGUAUAGUUAAUUCCACUACCCUAUGGGCUGCAAAAGAAGUCAGACAAGACAGGGCACACAUUAAAUUUAUUCUGUCCUUAAGCCUUCUUGCAUCGUAAAAAAGCUUUCUGUUGAAUUAUCUUUUUGCUCUUUCCUCAGAUAUUCUAGUGCCUUAAUAUAGUAUGGUCUGGCAGUUGAUGUAACAACAACUGCUGCUUUGGAGAAAAGAAAGUCUUGAUAAACUUUUUUUUGAAGAAACGUUACAUUAAGCUUAUGAGGAAAUUAAAACAUCCUGGUGCUAAGCAAACUUGUCAGUCCACUGUGUGUAAUCUCAAUCUGUAGGUUUUUUUCAGCAAUCUGCUUCCAUUGGAGAGUCUUUCAGCAGCCCUUUUUGAACCCUACAAAAUGUUUCUUCUCCGCUUUCUCCACAAUGAAAUUGCACUAAAUAACUAAAUGUAGUAGCGUUGAUGGAGUGUCAGGUUUGGGAAUAGAACCACACUUAAUUGUCUAAUAUAUUAGUCCAUUUGUGUAAUUUUUUCCAUUCUCGUGAUUUUGAGUAUUAUUUUCCUUUUGAAAUUCUGGAUGGCAGGUGGCAUGUUUUACUUAUUAAAUAAGCUCCAUACAGGCUAAAAAUUAAAAUCCAGCAGGUCUAAUUGAGCCAGGAGUAAAUUUUCCCAGGUUAGCAUUGUGCUCCACAGACCAUAUUUUACUUCUUGAUUCAGUUGUGCCAUAUGAAUCAUUAACUUCUAAGCCUUAUACAUCAUUUAUACUGUUUAAUGGUAUAGAUCUUAUCAACAGAGUUGCUGUCCUUUGAGAUUUCCCAUAUGCCAGGAUUCAUACUUUGUUUUUAUUGGAAAACUAAAUCUACAGAGAAUAAAUUGAGGAUAUAAGGUUACCUACAAGAACUUACUACUUAAAUCAGUAGUAUGAGGAAGAUUACAACAGAACUGUUUGUCCACAUAGGAAAAUGCUGCUUAUUUAAGAGUAGUUGUAAAAGUUAUAUUAGGAAUUUGUUCAACAAAAUUUAGGAGCUAUAAAAGUUAUCCUUAAGAUGCAUUUAAAUUCUAAGGUCUUUAGGAUUUUGCUUUAGAGAACACACAAAAAUGGGGACACGCACCUAAGACUUCUGGGUUGCUUGUAGAGUUCCUUGGGUGUGGUGGAGACCACCUGUGGCUGACAAGUGCCCUGAGGAGGAGUCCUGUGGCAGAGCCUUGCACCAUGAUGCCUGCUGACAGAAAUUUACCUCUAGAGACUGACUUUUUGCUUCAGGAUGCUGCUGACAUUAAAUUCACUCUAAGUCAUCUACUUUAUGAGCGCCACUUCACUUUUUCAAACCAGAAACCUAGUUGACCAUCUAUCUUAUUUACCUAUCUUGGUUCCAGAUGACUUCAGGCUCUUUUGCCAAAAAUUAGGUCUCUCUUCAAACAGCUAAGAAUUGUCAUAACUUAGUAUUUGAGAAAGAGCAUACAGGUUUAGAAAGAAUAAUAAUGGCAAGUAAUGUAUGAUUUUGAAGACCAUGGGUCAUAAUUAUAUAUAUAGAUAUGGAAUACCAUAUGUUUUUUAAACAUCCCUACACUUUCUCUAGUCCAUUAUAUUCAGAUCUUUGUGCAUUUUCUUAGUGAUUGGUAUUUGGAAGCAAAGAUGUGGCAUUGCGUAAAGACUGCUGACAUAUACCUCAAGAAGAGUGAUUUUUCCACAUGUGAUCCUCAUUUUUAGUUACCCAUAGAAUUUUCAGGGGCAUACAUUCUCAUUCCCUUUGAUAGUAUGUGGACUCCUGAGCCAAACCAGCCAGGGCAUAGUUACCUUAUUAAAAUGAAAAAUAGCCUUUAUUCAUGAUGUAACUAACUUAAUCAGUAAAACCACUACUUGCUAAAGAUAAGGAAAUAAACUGUUAAAGAACUAUUACUACACCUAUAGGAAUUAAUUUUUUAGUAGUUUGGAUAUGUGUGUGAGUCGUCAUUUGGUUACUAGGUCUUAGUGGGGUGCUAUUUUGAUAAUCACAAAUCUUUAGUCCUUUAUAUACUUAGCAAGUGUCUAAAAAAAUAGCUGAGUGUUUUAUUAUUGGCUUGAUAUUUAUGGAAUGGCCCAAUUAAUAAGAUGACAUAUUUUUAUUUCUUUCCCAAUUUUAUCAGUUUUCAUCUUGCCCUCAGUUUGUUUUUCAUACUAUAUGUGCAUUUGUAUGUAUUUUGUGUUCAUAAAAAUGAUUUGUGCUUGAUGUUUUAGAAUGGUCACAGACCUGGGGCCAAAGAACAAGAUGUGCUAGUGGACAGACUGCUGACCAAGGGCUUGAGAGCUGGAUUCUGUUUUUCCUCUUCAGACUGAUUUUGCAGCCACGGAGAGGAAGGGGAAAUGGAAGGUGAGGCGGUUGAAGCCAUUGUGGAGGAGUCUGAAACUUUCAUUAAAGGAAAGGAGAGAAAAACUUACCAGAGACGCCGGGAAGGGGGCCAGGAAGAGGACGCUUGCCACCUACCCCAGAACCAGACUGAUGGGGGUGAGGUGGUCCAGGAUGUCAAUAGCAGUGUACAGAUGGUCAUGAUGGAACAGCUGGAUCCUACCCUUCUGCAGAUGAAGACUGAAGUAAUGGAGGGUACAGUUGCUCCAGAAGCAGAGGCUGCUGUGGACGAUACCCAGAUCAUAACCUUGCAGGUUGUAAAUAUGGAGGAACAGCCCAUAAACUUAGGAGAUCUUCAGCUUGUUGAAGUACCUGUUCCCGUGACUGUACCUGUUGCUACCACUUCAGUAGAUGAACUCCAGGGGGCUUAUGAGAAUGAAGUGUCUAAAGAGGGCCUUGCAGAAAGUGAACCCAUGAUAUGUCACACCUUACCUUUGCCUGAAGGGUUUCAAGUGGUGAAAGUAGGGGCCAAUGGAGAGGUGGAGACGCUAGAGCAAGGGGAACUUCCACCUCAGGAAGAUCCUAGUUGGCAGAAAGACCCAGACUAUCAACCACCAGCCAAAAAAACAAAGAAAACCAAAAAGAGCAAACUUCGUUACACAGAGGAGGGCAAAGAUGUGGAUGUGUCUGUUUAUGACUUUGAGGAAGAGCAACAGGAGGGUCUGCUGUCAGAGGUUAAUGCAGAAAAAGUGGUUGGUAACAUGAAGCCUCCAAAACCAACAAAAAUUAAAAAGAAAGGUGUAAAGAAGACCUUCCAGUGUGAGCUUUGCAGUUACACAUGUCCACGGCGUUCAAAUUUGGAUCGUCACAUGAAAAGUCACACUGAUGAGAGACCACACAAGUGCCAUCUCUGUGGCAGGGCGUUCAGGACAGUCACCCUCUUGAGGAAUCACCUUAACACACACACAGGUACACGUCCUCACAAGUGCCCAGACUGUGACAUGGCCUUUGUGACUAGUGGAGAAUUGGUGCGGCAUCGUCGUUACAAACACACCCAUGAGAAGCCAUUUAAGUGUUCCAUGUGCGAUUAUGCCAGCGUAGAAGUCAGCAAAUUAAAACGUCACAUUCGCUCUCAUACUGGAGAGCGUCCAUUCCAGUGCAGCUUGUGCAGUUAUGCCAGCAGAGACACAUACAAGCUGAAAAGGCACAUGAGAACUCAUUCAGGGGAAAAACCUUAUGAAUGUUAUAUCUGUCACGCACGGUUUACCCAAAGUGGUACUAUGAAGAUGCACAUUUUACAGAAGCACACAGAAAAUGUGGCCAAAUUUCACUGUCCCCACUGUGACACUGUCAUAGCCCGAAAAAGUGAUUUGGGUGUCCACUUGCGAAAGCAGCAUUCCUAUAUUGAGCAAGGCAAGAAAUGUCGAUACUGCGAUGCUGUAUUUCAUGAGCGCUAUGCCCUCAUCCAGCAUCAGAAGUCACACAAGAACGAGAAGCGCUUUAAGUGUGACCAGUGUGAUUACGCUUGCAGACAGGAGAGGCACAUGAUCAUGCACAAGCGCACACACACCGGGGAGAAGCCUUAUGCCUGCAGCCACUGCGACAAAACCUUCCGCCAGAAACAGCUCCUCGACAUGCACUUCAAACGCUAUCAUGACCCCAACUUUGUCCCUGCAGCCUUUGUCUGUUCUAAGUGUGGAAAAACAUUCACACGCCGGAAUACCAUGGCAAGACAUGCUGAUAAUUGUGCCGGUCCAGAUGGUGUAGAAGGAGAAAAUGGAGGAGAAACUAAGAAAAGUAAACGUGGAAGAAAAAGAAAGAUGCGCUCUAAAAAAGAAGACUCCUCUGACAGUGAAAAUGCUGAGCCAGACCUGGAUGACAAUGAGGACGAAGAGGAGCCUGCCGUGGAAAUUGAACCUGAGCCAGAGCCUCAGCCUGUGACCCCAGCCCCACCACCCGCCAAGAAGCGGAGAGGACGCCCCCCCGGCAGAACCAACCAACCCAAACAGACCCAGCCAACAGCUAUCAUUCAGGUUGAAGAUCAGAAUACAGGUGCAAUUGAGAACAUUAUAGUUGAAGUAAAAAAAGAGCCAGAAGCAGAGCCCGCGGAGGGGGAGGAAGAGGAGGCCCAGCCAGCUGCCACAGACGCCCCCAAUGGAGACCUCACCCCCGAGAUGAUCCUCAGCAUGAUGGACCGGUGAUGGCAGGGCCUUGCCAUUGCCAGGACUGCUCUGGGCUGUGUUUAAACGGCCUGCAUCUUAAUUUUUCUCCCUUUUUUCUUCUUUUGCUUUGGGAAAAGCACCAUUUUACCAAACAUACUGAAAACUAAAACUUCAAGGAUGAUGUUAGAAAAAUGUGAUUUAACUAGAACUUGCCGUUUGAUGUUAGCAAAUCAUGGAAUGUUCUGAGUCCCUGAGGGUUUACCGUGAAGUGCUGAGGACAGUGUUGACGCCUAACUGGUUUUCUUAGCUGGAAACGGAGACAUUGGACCCUCUCUCUUGCUAUGGUAACCACUUCAGAAUGGCCACCGGGUUUCCCAGAGUUCUAUGGUCUUCUUCCCAGGAGAGUUUUUAAUUGUAAAUGCAGACUUGGGAAGGAUUUAAACUUUUAAACUGGUUUUUGCUUUUGCUUUUUCCCUGACUCCCUUUGCUUGGAGUCGGCUGCACACCAAUAAUAUGGCAUGCUACGAUCGGUUUUUGUCCCGAAGGCUUUGCCUCUUUCUUGGCAAAGUUUCUGGUAUGGUCAAGCUUGUAAAUAACUUUUUUUACAUUUUAAUCUUUUCCAUUAAUUAAGAGGUUGAAAAGAAGUGCAGUGUAAGAAAACCCAGCAUUUUAAUUACUUGCAAAUUAAGUUACCACAGACUGUAGUGUGUAAAUGUUGACAAGGAAUCGGAUCGCAAUCAUGUAGCAGAAUGGCACCCAGACUGCUGCCUGCUAGAAACCGACACCCAUGUGGAAGAUCGUGAUUUCCAGUCCAUGGAGCCAGCAUUUGAACCUUGUACAAUUAACUUCCAGUUAUGAUUUCCCAUCCACAUUUUCUUUUCUCUGUUUGUAGCUGAAUUUUGUGUUUUAUAAAUCCUCUGUUAACGCCGAAGGGUGAUUAUGAGUGGGUUACAGCAGCCCUUAAAAGCUGGGCCAGAAAAUUUCACUAGGUCAGUAAUUUAAACUUUGGAUCUUCAAAAAAAAAAAUAAUGUGAAGCAAAACCAAUUCAAAAAUGAUUCUUGCACAUGAACUGUCAUGUUUAAAAUGUGUUUUUUAGAGAGCCUCAGUCUUGUUGAUUUCAAACAUUUUUUUUCUUCUGUGUAUUGCUUUUAAGAGAGCCAUCAGUUAGCUAUCAGACUCUAGGUUGAAACAUUUUGUACUUAGCUGUACUGUGUGAUAUUUUUCAUUAUUUUAGGACACCAACAUGAGACCUGUAAUAAAAUAUGUAAUGGGGUUGAAAGCUGGGGAGGAGGAUCUACUGCUGUACAGCUAAUAAAUCAUAACGGAUUAACAAGUGCUCCAAA